AUGAGCGAGACCACAGAGGACAAGAAACGCUCGGUGGAGCAGGAUUCCUCCGAGAGAAAUGUGAAGCCGCGUCUUGAGAAGGGCGUGGCACCCAUAAAGCAGGAAUAUCUCGUGGUUGGCGGCGUGGUGGCCGACUACAACGACGACGAAGCAGAGUCUUCCAAGCACACUUCUGGGGAGAAGGAGAGCAAGAAAGAUAAGAAACGGGGCCAAAACAAGAAAAGAGAUCUACGGCAGGCACACGAGGAGAUUAAACUAUGUUCUUCCGUUGUUGAUCCUAACAAUGAGACUAAAGAGUGUCCGUAUGGGGCCGACAAGUGUCGUUUCUCGCACGAUAUCAAGGCGUAUCUCGCCUCGAAGCCAGCAGACAUCGAAGGUGUUUGUCCCGUCUAUGCCGCAAUUGGCUACUGUCCUUCUGGAGUGAAGUGCAGAUGGCUGGGAUCGCACUACAACCCAGAGACGGGUCUGUUGCUGGAGCAAGAGGGUGUUGAGAAAAAAGAGCACAAGGGCGAGGUCAACUGGAUUUCUGCGGCCACCAAGAGCCAAUUGCAAAAGAAGAAGCUGCCGAUGCCUGUUUCUGACGAGGUGAUCCAGUUUUUGGACAGCGUGGUGAUAGUGAACGACGAGAAAAAUAGCAUGACGAAGGAAGAGCGCGAGAACCAAGAGAUAGACGAGAAAAAAAUCAACGCAGCCUCGUACACGGAGUCCCGCUUCAGGACGGGCGAGAAGAAAAGACUGAACCUGAAGAAUGCCAAGAUAGUGUCUCCGCUCACCACUGUGGGCAAUUUGCCGUAUAGAAGAUUAAUGCGCACGUUGGGAGCAGACGUGACUUACUCCGAGAUGGCGCUUGCUCUGCCGCUGAUUCAAGGCUCGAACUCCGAAUGGGCCCUUCCUCGCGCGCACGAGUCCGAGUAUCCGGGCUUUGGUGUCCAAAUUGCGACUGCCAAGCACUGGCAGGCAUGCAAGGCCGCCGAGGCCAUCCAAACGCUCACGAGCCACGUUUCGGAGCUGAACCUCAACUGCGGCUGUCCAAUAGACAUGCUUUACCGCAAGGGCGAAGGAUCGGCCCUUCUGGACAAUCCGUCGCGGAUGCUGCGUAUUCUGAAAGGAAUGAGCUACUCAUCAGGGGAGAUUCCUGUGACGGUGAAAAUUCGUAUGGGUGUCAAGGACGACAAGCCGGUGGCCGAGAAUCUCGUGAGACGUGUUCUGAACGAAACCGACGUGGCAGCCAUCACUUUGCACGGACGUUCUAGACAACAGAGAUACACCCGUGCCGCCGAUUGGGAUUAUAUUAGCCGGGUUGGAGCUAUCGUAAAGGAUUACAACGAGCAGCAGGAAGAGGACAAAGACAAGGUGGACAGGCCGCCUGUGUACUUUGUCGGUAACGGCGACUGUUUCACGCACGAGGACUGGCACAGGGCCGUGAGCGACGAGGGCAUCGACUCGGUGAUGGUGGCUCGUGGUGCACUGAUUAAGCCGUGGAUUUUCGAGGAAGUGGAAGCACAGCAGUAUCUGGACAAGUCUGCUUCCGAAAGACUUGCGUACUUGGAGAAAUACGCCAAAUUUGCGCUGGAGCACUGGGGCAGCGACGAGUACGGCGUGAACAGCGCUAGACGGUACUUGUGCGAGUUUAUUUCCUUCACUCAUCGGUACAUUCCAGUCGGCAUAUUGGAACGGCUACCACCGAAGCUGAACGAAAGACCGCCACCUUGGAAGGGAAGAAAUGAGCUGGAGACCCUGCUGGGGUCGUCAGACUACAAGGACUGGAUCAAGAUCACGGAAAUGUUUCUGGGCAAAGCCGGAAACGGAUUCAGUUUUAUUCCUAAACAUAAAAGCAACUCGUACGAGAAACAGUGA